AAGAUUGAAUGAGGGAGGGACAGCAAAGACCACAGAGUGCAAAGUGAUUUUGUGAUUUGGGUGCUGGAAAAUUUGGGUUGUGCCAUCUGGGAUUUGAGACUUGAAGCCUCUUCUCCACGAUGCGCGGUGAGUUGGGAUUGAGUUUGUUGAUAUAUAAACCAAUUCAGCAGAGAAGAAAAGAAACUCCUGUUCCAUCCGUUCUUGCCUCCUCAUCCGAUUCGGCGAAAUAAAAAACGCACACUAGAAAGUGUUAACAGCUCGAUAAGGCCCCGUGUUCCAUCAGAGCGGUGCGCACAGUGCAAACAAAGACAAAAGUUCUCUCUUUUCUCUUCCAUCUUCCUCCACCUUUGGAACUUCGGACCUAAACCGGAACCUCUACAAAUAUCAUUCCUCAAAACUAUAUGAUUGUGUUGCACAAGUGCAUGGUAGAACUAAACGCAGUCGGGCAUCGAAUCAUGACAGCAAUAUUGAAGGCAUGGCAUCUGGGAGCCGACGAUUUCCAAGAAUGAAUUUUUGGUGUAUGCACUAAAUGACUGUCUUGUUCAGAAAGUUGGACCACUAUUGACUGCCAGAAAAGCUCAGAAGUAGAUAGCAAUGGCGGAUUCGAGCUCAUCCAAUCCGGCCCAGUCUUCUUCCGACCCGAAAGCUAAGAAGGAUUAUUCAACUGCGAUUUUGGAGCGGAAGAAGUCUCCUAAUCGACUCGUGGUUGAUGAAGCUAUCAAUGAUGAUAAUUCUGUGGUGUCCUUGCACCCUGCUACAAUGGAAAAACUGCAGUUUUUCCGAGGUGACACUGUGCUAAUAAAGGGGAAGAAACGAAAAGAUACAGUUUGCAUUGUUCUUGCUGAUGAACUAUGUGAAGAACCGAAAAUCAGAAUGAACAAAGUUGUAAGGGCUAAUCUCAGGGUACGUCUUGGAGAUGUUGUGUCUGUUCAUACUUGUCCUGAUGUCAAGUAUGGGAAGCGAGUUCACAUCCUUCCAAUCGAUGAUACAAUUGAAGGCGUAACUGGAAGCUUGUUUGAUGCAUAUUUGAAGCCAUACUUUUUGGAGUCUUACCGGCCUGUGAGGAAGGGUGACCUUUUCCUGGUCAGGGGUGGGAUGCGUAGUGUUGAGUUCAAGGUCAUUGAGACAGACCCUAGUGAAUAUUGUGUUGUUGCUCCUGAUACAGAGAUUUUCUGUGAGGGAGAACCUGUGAGACGUGAGGAUGAGGAAAGAUUGAAUGAGGUGGGCUAUGAUGAUGUUGGCGGUGUUAGGAAGCAAAUGGCUCAGAUACGUGAGUUGGUAGAGUUACCUCUUAGACACCCGCAGCUAUUCAAGUCCAUUGGAGUGAAACCACCUAAAGGUAUACUGCUUUAUGGACCACCUGGGUCUGGGAAAACUCUGAUUGCGAGGGCUGUAGCUAAUGAGACUGGAGCAUUCUUCUUUUUGAUUAAUGGGCCUGAAAUAAUGUCAAAGUUAGCUGGUGAGAGUGAAAGCAACUUGAGGAAAGCAUUUGAAGAAGCUGAAAAGAAUGCCCCAUCAAUCAUUUUUAUUGAUGAGUUAGAUUCCAUUGCUCCAAAGAGGGAGAAGACUCAGGGUGAAGUGGAAAGGCGUAUAGUUUCGCAACUUCUGACUUUGAUGGAUGGCCUCAAGUCCCGUACCCAUGUUAUUGUCAUGGGAGCUACAAAUAGGCCAAACAGCAUUGACCCUGCUCUGAGGAGGUUUGGAAGAUUUGAUAGAGAGAUCGAUAUUGGUGUACCAGAUGAAGUUGGCAGACUGGAAGUUUUGAGAAUCCAUACAAAGAACAUGAAACUUGCAGAAGAUGUUGAUCUUGAACGAGUUUCAAAGGAUGCACAUGGUUAUGUUGGUGCUGAUCUUGCCGCGCUCUGUACUGAGGCUGCUCUUCAGUGCAUCCGUGAGAAAAUGGAUGUUAUUGACUUGGAAGAUGAGGAAAUUGAUGCUGAGGUGUUAAAUUCCAUGGCUGUGACAGAUGACCACUUCCAGACCGCAUUGGGUGCUUCAAAUCCUUCAGCAUUGCGUGAAACUAUGGUGGAGGUACCUAAUGUCUCAUGGGACGCUAUUGGUGGAUUGGACAAUGUCAAAAGAGAACUUCAAGAGACUGUUCAAUACCCAGUGGAGCAUCCUGAGAAGUUCGAGAAAUUUGGCAUGUCACCAUCUAAAGGUGUACUCUUUUAUGGCCCACCUGGCUGUGGUAAAACCCUUCUUGCCAAGGCUAUUGCCAAUGAAUGCCAGGCUAAUUUUAUUAGCAUCAAAGGCCCAGAGUUGCUAACAAUGUGGUUUGGAGAAAGUGAGGCUAACGUCCGUGAGAUAUUUGACAAGGCUCGCCAAUCUGCUCCUUGUGUUCUUUUCUUUGAUGAGCUGGACUCAAUUGCAACUCAGCGUGGGAGUUCUGUAGGAGAUGCUGGUGGUGCUGCAGAUAGAGUCUUGAACCAACUUCUUACUGAAAUGGAUGGAAUGUCUGCGAAGAAAACAGUUUUUAUCAUUGGAGCAACAAACAGGCCAGACAUUAUCGACCCAGCAUUGCUUAGGCCUGGUCGUCUUGACCAGCUCAUUUAUAUCCCACUCCCAGAUGAGGCUUCCCGUCUUCAGAUAUUCAAAGCAUGUUUGCGGAAGUCACCAGUCUCUAAGGAUGUUGACCUUGCAGUACUUGCAUGUCAUACCCACGGUUUUAGUGGUGCUGAUAUUACUGAGAUAUGUCAGCGUGCCUGCAAAUAUGCCAUCAGAGAAAAUAUCGAGAAGGAUAUUGAGAAGGAGAGAAGAAAAGCAGAGAACCCAGAAGCGAUGGAGGAGGAUGACAUUGAUGAGGUUCCCGAGAUAAAGGCAGCACACUUCGAGGAUUCUAUGAAAUUUGCCCGCAGAAGUGUCAGCGAUGCAGACAUCAGGAAGUACCAGGCAUUCGCUCAGACUCUGCAGCAAUCUCGUGGGAUAGGAACUGACUUCCGGUUCCCCCAAACUGGCAACGCUGCAGGAGGAGCAGCUUCAGACCCCUUUGCUUCAGCCCCAGCUGCUGCAGAUGACGAUGAUCUGUACAGCUGAUCUGAAAGCUGUGAAUGUAGAUGUCCUAGUUAACGGUGACGUGCUGGAGGUUUAAAUGUUUAAUAUAUAAGUCACUUUGGUCACCUUGGUGGUUGUAUUUUGCUGUGAAAGAAAAACACCGAUGCUUUUUCUAAGCAUCAUCUAUGUAAUUAUUAUCUUCUUUGUUACAUGGGACCAGCUUCUGUAAAUUUUUGGUUGCCGUGAGUUCUCUCAGAUGUCACAUAACGACCUGCAUGUGCUUCAUGUGAGCUUAGCAAGGAAUCGUUCCCUUGCUUCAGUUGCUUGCUCUGCAUAUUAUAUCAGGUGGAUGAAGAAGGUGCUAAGCAAAGAAUAGAGCUAAUCUGGUAUUAGAUAUUAAGUAUUUGAUUUCACUAA